CCUCUCCCCUCGGCCUCCCUCCCUUCCCUCUGCAGGCCAAGGCUGGUGACGGCCCCCAUAUAUUUAAAGAGGACGUGAGCCCCCUUAUGCAGCUGAGCCGACAGAGACCGCACAGGCAGAUUGAUCACCCUUGAGGCCACCUAAAUUUAGGGUAUUUGCUUUAUAACCUGUUAGGCUUGACCUUGCUCAGAGAGUCUUCAAGAUGCCAAACUGGGGCGGAGGAGCGAAAUGUGGAGCCUGUGAAAAGACAGUCUACCACGCAGAAGAAAUCCAGUGCAAUGGAAGGAGUUUCCACAAGACCUGUUUCCACUGCAUGGCCUGCAGGAAGGCUCUGGACAGCACCACAGUGGCAGCUCACGAGUCAGAGAUCUACUGUAAGGUCUGCUACGGGCGCAGGUAUGGCCCCAAGGGGAUCGGGUAUGGACAAGGCGCCGGAUGCCUCAGCACGGACACGGGUGAACACCUGGGCCUCCAGUUCCAACAGUCAUCCCCAAAGCCAGCACGCUCAGCCACCACCAGCAACCCUUCCAAGUUCACUGCGAAGUUUGGAGAGUCGGAGAAGUGCCCUCGAUGCGGAAAGUCAGUCUAUGCUGCUGAGAAGGUGAUGGGAGGUGGCAAGCCUUGGCACAAGACCUGUUUUCGCUGCGCCAUCUGUGGGAAGAGUCUAGAGUCCACCAAUGUCACUGACAAAGAUGGGGAACUUUAUUGCAAAGUUUGCUACGCCAAAAAUUUUGGCCCUACAGGUAUUGGGUUUGGGGGCCUUACACAUCAAGUGGAAAAGAAAGAGUGAAAAGUACACCAUUUCUCAGGUCUCUCAUCAGCCUAAAGCAUUUGCCAAGUAAUCCUGCCCAGAUGGAAACCCCUCCCCAAACAUCCUUUCGUUGGUAGUUGGACAGUAUUUCUUUUCAGAAGUGAUCACAGUCUUUACCUGAAGCUAGAAGAGAUCCUUGGAAGAAAAUUAUUAAAAGUCUAAUCUGUAACAAAUGCUUUAUUAUUUAUGAUACCUGGGGUGGAAGAGGCCAUAAAUAAAAAUUUAAG